AAANGUGAGAAGGAAAAUGUUAAGAGAGGACAGUGGACUCCUGAAGAAGAUAACAAGCUGUCGUCCUACAUCGUCCAGCACGGCACUCGAAACUGGCGCCUUAUCCCCAAGAAUGCUGGUCUCCAAAGAUGUGGGAAGAGCUGUCGGCUACGUUGGACUAAUUACCUUCGCCCCGACCUGAAGCACGGCCAGUUUUCCGAUAUGGAAGAACAAACUAUUGUCAAGCUACAUUCUGUUGUUGGCAACAGGUGGUCAUUGAUUGCAGCUCAAUUACCUGGUCGAACCGAUAAUGAUGUCAAGAAUCACUGGAACACUAAGUUGAAGAAGAAGCUAUCAGGAAUGGGCAUUGAUCCAGUCACUCACAAGCCAUUCUCCCAUCUCAUGGCUGAAAUCGCCACUACUUUGGCUCCUCCACAAGUUUCCCAUCUUGCUGAAGCAGCCCUCGGCUGCUUCAAAGACGAAAUGCUUCACCUUCUUACAAAGAAGCGCGUCGAUUUCCAGCUUCAACAAGCCAACGUACCGCCCGGAAGCACGGCAGGAACUUACAUUCACGGCAAACAAAAUGAGAAAGAUGGUACUGUUGAGAAUAUCAAACUUGGUUUGUCAAGAGCCAUUCAACAGCCUGAUCUCAUCUCACCUUAUAAGCCUUGGAAUUCUACUGAUGCAGUAGGGACAAGCAAUUGUUUUCCUGGAUCAACGUCGGAGUUCCAAUACGCUCCACUGUCGUUCGGGACCGAGGGGGAUGGGUCAUCAUGGAGCCAGAGCUUAUGUACGGGAAGUACGUGCACGGCCGAACAACAGGGGCAACUGCAUGAUAUUCUUGAAGAAACAGAAGAAGAGCUAUCAGAGAGUGGCAAAGAGAUGAGAAAUAGAACAAGUAUUUUCAGUUCAAACUCAGUGUUGUGGGAUUUACCAUGUGAUGAUCUGAUGAAUCCAAUAGUCUGAGGAAGAUGAAAAUAAAACAGAAUUUCUAAAUCAUUCAACAAAGCCUUGCAACUCUAGCAAUUUUUUUGUCCCAAACAAUCGAGCAUCGUUGGUUUCGAGUUUUUGAGUUCUUAAA